AUGAAUAUAUUUAUAGAAAAAAUUAUUCUUUCUUUACUCAUCUUUCAAUUUCCGGUUAUAAGAGCAACUAGAUAUGGUGCAUUUUGUAAUAGUGAUAGUGAUUGUGAUAGACAUCAAAAAUGUUCAAGUAAACUUUGUCUUUGUAAUCCAGAUGAAAGACGCUUUUGGACAGGAACAACGUGUGCUAUAUGUGCGAGAGAAUAUACUGUAACAAGAGAUAGAUGUUAUAAAUAUUUUAAUGAAUUAAAAACAUGGGAAGCAUCUGGAGUUCAUUGUCGUGCUCAAUAUGCUGAUUUGUUUACUUGGCGUGAUAAUCAUGACGAACAAUUUAUUCGACCUGUUAUAUUAACACAUAGUAUUCAAUGGAUGGAUCCUGAUGGAAUGAAAAUAGACUUGACGAGUACAGAAUGGUGUGAUCCAACAUAUCAUGCAGGUUAUUCAUUACAAAAAGAACCAACAUCAGGAACUAGAGAAGGUCCGAAUGGUACUGAACGUGAAGAAUGUAUUACAUACAAUUUUCGUCCUAAAGGUACAAGUUUUCUCUACUUAUCAGAUGAUUACUGUAGUCAAAAAUAUCCAUUUAUAUACGAAAUGAAUGCUGCUACUAUGAAAUUAGCUACUUCUACGCAUCAUGAUAUGAAAUAUAGUCCUACUGCGUGGCCAGAAGGUACUUCAUCUGGAACAGAGGGUGAUACGAUCGAUUUUGAAGAACCACCACCUCCUCCAUCAGAAGACCCUGACUUUACUCCACAACAUCUUGGUUUAGAAGCAACAACUCUUAAAGAAGAAACAGGUUUUCUAACAAUGACAAAUAUAAUUAUAAUUGCUGUUGUAGGAAUAAUUCUUAUUGUUGGAGUCAUUGCUGGAUAUGUAGUUAUAAAAAAUAAAAAAAGAAGUAUACAUAAUCCUACUCGUGGAAAUGUAGGUGUAUCUCAAGGUAGGCCAAGUUUUGCUAGUUCAAUUGGAAGCAUGGUGGAUGAAUAG